ACUGCACGCUAUUCAAGUCACAGCUGAGUCUAUUAGCAACAAGCUGAGCUCUUUCACUUCCAACUCGGUCGGCUCGGAUGAGUUAAGACUCGGAUGCUCUCAAGGGAUUUCAUCGACAGUUGCGCAAGAGUGGAUAUUAAAAUGUCUGCAAUGAACAGUGAGCAGUUGCAUCGAUCUACCUUGGGGAUUUACUCGAGCUUGAUGGAUGAAUUCAACCCCGACCUUCAAAAACUUGUGUCGCUGGGAAACAGCUAUGUCCGAGCUUUCCAUAAUCUGGCGGUGAAAAGCGAUGCUUACUUCACUGCGCUUUCACAGAUGGGCGAGCAGGCCUUUCACACCAUGUCCUCACGUUCCAUCGGAGAUGUCCUGAUUCAGAUCGCCGAGAGCCAAAAGAGGCUCACCUUGGAGCUGGAGGGAGUAUUCCGCUGGUUCACGAAUGACAUUCUUGAAGAGAUGGAUGAUAACGUUAGACUGGACAAAGAUUAUUUAUCGGGCAGCAGAAAGCAAUACGAGGUGAGCGUCUAUGGUCAGACAGCAGCUACGAGCAGGCGUGGAGCUAACCAGAAUGCUGCUGAGCAUUUGCAGUUCCUUCAAGAAAGUCAUAGCGAGGUGCUAAAGGAGGAGGAGAGAAGAUAUCGCUUCCUGGCUGAGAAACACUGUGGCCUUAUCCAGUCCUUCUCCCGUCUCAUGACUAAGAAUGGAGGGCCUCUCCAGCAGAAGGCUGACUUGUGGACAGAGGAGGUUAAUGCUACCAGAGGAUCGGAUGCCAAACGGACGCCUGGCCUGGAUAGCCCUGCGCAGGUAAGACAAGCGAACCGGAAGAACAGAGAAGAGCAACCUCUCGGCAAUGUACCGUCAAGAGCACCGUCCCCCCAGGGGAGCAUCUAUCGCUCUUCAGCGGGGGGUGCACCAAGAUCCAUGAGGGCCCUGGUAGCCCAUCAGCCAGUUGGCUCCAAUCCAACCCUGCUGCACUUUGCCAGGGGAGAGAUGAUUACCGUGCUGGUCCAGCAGCCGAAAAACGGCUGGCUGUACGGCCGUGCAGCUGGCAACAAUUCACGUCAAGGAUGGUUCCCGGCCUCCUUUGUGGAAGAAGUAGAUGUGGACCCUCCUCUGCAAACUGACCUGGGUUCCGCUCCUCGGGGACGAAACAACAGCAGUGCGUGUAGCCGUACGGAAAGAAAGACGCCACCUCCGCCGCCGCCUCCGCCUCUGCUAUCGCAAUCUUCCAAUAAAUACUCCAGUCAAACGAGCACAUCAGACAAGAUGGGGUCUAAUCCCGAAAAAAAGCGAUCCCAGCCACACGAAUCAAAACCAGAACUCUUCCCGAGGGGCACAAACCCAUUUGCAACAGUUAAGUUGAAGCCCACAUCCACCAAUGACAGGUCAGCGCCUCGUGUUUAUCGCUAAUGUCAUCUAGCUAUCAAAAUACAACAAGUACGGUUGACGAUUGUCCUCUCUUGACGUUGUUAAUAAUACUUUGCCAUAUUCUGCAACCUCUUUGGGUUUGUAUGAUUGCAUUCUUGUUUUGUUGAAUGAAUCAUAUGGAGAUCAUAUUCUGCCACCACAAUCCUCUUUCCAGUAUCUAUUUUUUUAAUACUGUGUAAAAUAAUGUGCCACUAUGAACCAAUGUAAUGUAUCACUUAUUGCCAGCAGGGGGCACUGUCCCAGCAACAAAUGUAGACAAAUAUUUGUGAGAGGGGCCACUUCAAAUCUCUUUUCCCAAUUUUGGGCUACAUUACGAGUCUCGGUAUUUUUUUUGUGCUGAGCAUGACUUUUGUGUCGUUAAAAAUAACGAGCCUUCAAUUUUCAUUACUUAGAAAUUGUCCGUAUGCUCGAUUCCGAGCAGCUGUUGGUGUUUUUAAUUUUUUCCUUCCCAUCGCAAUUCGACUCUGCUAUUUCUUCGCUAGUCUGUUCUCAACCAUAUAGUAAAUGGAAAAUAAAACUAAUGACACCUCUGAGACAUCAUAGCUCCAUUCAUGCAAAUUGAAAAUGUAAUAAUGACUAUUCCCAAAUAAAUGCUGUUCAAUGAAGGUCCAUUUUAA